AAAAAAAUGAACCAAAAACAACUGAUUGAUUUACUCGCAACGAAAAAUAAAUCCCAGGAUUUAAUCAAGGCAACUGUAGAGGAUGGUUACAAGAUAUCGGAAAUUUUUGCUCCUCAUGGACCUACCAGUCCUUUACCGGCCAUGAUUAUACACGACGAAAAGAUUCAACAUCCUUUCUCGUUAUCUAUACCAUCACCGGUUUCAGAAAGUAAAUUAAGCUUUGAGCCUCCUUAUGUCAUGAACAAUUUUUGGCCACCACUGCCGUCGCUUAGUGACACCACUCUAUCCACACAGGAUGCCACGGGUAAAAAGUUAGGUGCCAUGUUUAGCAAUAUCAACAUGCAAGAAAUUCAGGAAAUGCUCAAAGAUUGUGCAUACAACGAGGAUGAAGCGAUUUUACGCUUAAUCACGCAGACGGACUAUUUAGAAAAUAUACGUCAUCGUCUUCGUGCCAAUAACAAAACCGUUCCUUGGUGUAGUCAGAUCAAACCAUUGCAUAUGUCACCAGUACAGCAAAAGCCACCAGUACAACAUAUCUUGAAAGAAAACAGUAUUCGACUGAGUUCGCAGAUGCCACCUUCCCAAUACAUCGUACCAAAAUCUGUCAUAGUAUCUAAAAGCACGCCUCUUACAGAGAAUGUUUUACAUAGCACGCCGCUACCUCCAUUGAAUACAGACAUUGCUCAACAAACCGCGGUGCCCAAAAAAGAAACCCCGCCUCAAGUCGUCAAAGAAGUUGUAAAACCACCGCCAUCCAAACCAGCAAAAAAUGAACUGGCGGAACACCAACACAAGACGCAUAAAAAACAUCAUCGAUUAUCGACCCAUAUCAGUAGCGGUAGUCGACUUACUCUGGACGAUGCGUUACAGCAAAUCCAAGAUAGCAAAACAAACGACGACAUGGAUGGGUACGCAGGAUGGUCUGCAGCACGUCUGCGUGCAUUUAAAAUGAUUGAAAAGAAUCCUAAUAGCUAUUAUUAUCGAUUUAACGCCCCCGGAGAGCAGCAGAAAAAGGGUAAAUGGACAGACGAAGAAAACGCAUUGUUCUUACAAAGGCUAAAACAAGUGGGAGCCAAUUCUCAAUGGGGUAUAUUUUCCAUUGCCAUCCCCGGAAGGGUAGGCUAUCAGUGCUCCAAUUAUUACCGAUUUAUGAUCGAAACAGGACAAUUGCAUGAUCCGAAUUAUGUCUUGGAUAGCAAAGGAAAAGCACGUUAUCUCUUUGAUAAAAAAACAGAGGAUGGUGCAGUAGAGAAGAUAUUCAGGAAACACAGUAAACAUGGUAGUAUAUCAGCAGCAACCGCUGAAACACUAGAUCAUAUCGACAGUGACCACACUGUGAAAAAAAGGAAGCAAAUACAUCCUCGACAAGAAACCCAUUCGGAUGAGGAUGACCCUACUUUUGACAUUAGGAAACCAUCAUCGUCCUAUUCUAAAAAAAAAUCUUCGGCGGUAAAAGAACCCAAGAUUAAAAAACCAUACCCUCACAUACUGCCCGCAGAUAGUAGUGUCAGGAUGACAAGGCAAAGAUUACAGCAAGUACAAGAGACGAGCGUUACAAAAGAUUAAAUCUAUAUAAUACCCCCCCCCCCCUGCUAUAAUAAAUGGGUGCUCUAAGUUAAUAAUCAUGACUUUUUUUGAAAAGUCAAGCGAUUUUGACAGUUUCGGAAACCAAGAACAUUUGUUUUUUAGUUUUUUUUUAAUAUGGUGACAGCUACAUUUUAAAAAACAGAAAGUCUAGAUACAUGACAUGUUGUCUAAAAUAACAACCAACUGUGAGUAUUGAGUAAAG